AUGGAGAAGCCUACCUAUGAUUUAUCUCGACUACGCAGCUCCUCUGUGGAGAUCAGGGAGAAGGGGUCAGAGAUCCUGAGAGAGGAGCUUCUCAAGGCUCAGAAGGAGUUGAAGCUGAGAGAUGAAGAGUGUGAGAGGUUAUCAAAGGUCAGAGAGCAGCUGGAACAGGAACUAGAGGAGCUGACGGCUAGUCUUUUCGAGGAGGCUCAUAAAAUGGUGCGUGAAGCUAAUAUGAAGCAGGCUGCAUCUGAAAAGCAACUGAGAGAAGCCCAUGGGAAGAUUGACAUGCUGCAGGCUGAAGUUUCUGCUCUGAAGACACUGGUCAUCACUUCGACUCCAUCUUCCCCAAACCGCGAACUGCACCCCCAGUUACAAAGCCCUUCGAAGAAUGCACUACGCAAAGGCCAUGCUCGCAACAAGAGCACAGGUUGUGCUGCUGUCGUGCCAGUUGCCCCUCCAGCCCAGCCAAUCAACACAGAGGGCAAAGAGCUUCCACAGGUGGACACCCUCCUCUACUCAGAAUUUCUUGGAUGGAAGGAGAACCCAACUCUAGAUAAAUCCAGCCUCUUCCUGUCACGUAUCUACCAAGAGGAUAUUACGCCUUGCUUGGACUUUGCAAAAAGGGAGUUGGCAGAACAAGUUCUUGCAGCAGUAGAAGACAAUACAUUGUCCGUGGAACCAGUCAUUCAGCCUGCACUUCCCGUCGUGAAAGCAUCAGCUGUAGAACGUGGAGGGCCCAGGAAAUGUGCCCUCAGUGGCCUUUCACGUUCAUGUCGCCAUCGGAUUAAGCUGGGGGAUUCUGGGAAUUAUUACUUCAUCUCACCCUCCUGUAGAGCCAGGAUAACAGCUGUAUGCAAUUUCUUCACUUACAUUCGUUAUAUACAGCAAGGGCUGGUGCGCCAGGACACUGAGCUUAUAUUCUGGGAGAUCAUGAGACUUCGCCGUGAGAUGUCAGUGGCAAAACUUGGCUUCUACGUCAUUGAAUCUUAG